CGCAAAAUGGUGACGUCAUGUGUGUGACCCGCACACAUCUACACACGCCACUUCCGGCUAUGACUUAACGCUGUACCUUCAGCCGUUGAAGGAUUAUAAAACAAUAACCAUCAAUAUUGGACUGCCCAGUUCUCCAACAUUGCGAGCUAGAGCGGAAUAAAAGGAUUGCAUCAAACCCAAGGCGCAAACCAAGCGGCAACUCUCCUAGAUUCCACCGUGCCGAUGGCUUGGUCCAGUAGCUGCACCACACCAGCCAAGAUCGCGAUGUCCGGCUGAUCGGUUACAACGAUGAGGAAUUAUGUUUUUCUGUGUGACUUUCCUGAUUCUGUACAGCUUUAUGGAAUGUCAGUCAGCUAUAGGAGUCAUGAAGACCAAAAUGAAAAUCAGGCUCAGGCCUACAAAGGAAGAACAUCACUGUUCAAAGAGGAGCUGCAGAAAGGCAACGCUUCACUCAAACUCUCAGCUCUCCAAGUCUCUGAUGCAGGAAAAUAUGUGUGUCAUAUUGAGGACAAAUCCUGGAUUCAUGAAGUACCUGUUUAUGUAACUGUUGCGGUUCUGGGAAGCCACCCGGUGAUCACAGUGGAGAGUUAUGAUAACUCAGGAGGGAUUAAUCUUGUGUGUGACUCCAGAGGUUGGAAUCCUGAACCUCAGGUUCAGUGGCUGGACAGAGAAGGAGUCAUUCUGACUGCUGAAGAUACACAGAUACACAGAGACACAGAGGGCUUCAGUUUGAAAAGCCACAUCACUGUUUUUGAUUAUAGUGACUCUAACAGGUUUUACUGCAGACUUCAACAAAAACAUCACAUGAUUGAGACACACAUUAUCAUUAAUACUCUGCAUACAAUGAAAUUUGGAGCCCUCCUCUUGUUGGUGUCACAAGUAACCUUGGGUUUCUUUGUAGGUAAGAUCUUUCAUGCUUGGAAGACGAUUGUCGGCAUUUCUGUUUUAGCAUUACUUUUUGCUGUUGGAUUGAUAUUAACUGCUGUUAUCUGCCACAAGAAAGGGCAUUCACAUGGAUAAGAACUACGCAGAGCUGCAGAGACUGAGAGUGAAAAAUGAGGUUUAAAUUCCCCUAUAUUGUAGCAAAGCAGAGUUUCUCUACAGGGAGAUUUUAUGAUGAGGUACAGGUCAAAGGGAAAACUGCAUGGACAUUAGGAGUGAUCAGAGAGAACAUUGACAGGAAGGCAUGGAUGACAGCGACUCCUCAGAAUGGAUUAUGGCUUGUGGAACUGAGGAAUGAGAAUAAGUUCAGGGCUUGUGCUAAUUCUUUUGUCCCCCUCACACUGAGAGAGAAGGUGGAAAAGGUGGGGGUGUUUGUGGACUAUGAGGAGGGUCUCAUAUCUAUUCUUUCACUGGUCAGUCUUUCAGUUCUGAGAAAAUCUUUACAUACUUUAGUCCACGUAAUAAUAUGCAAGAUAAAAAUUCAGCGCCACUGAUCAUCACUGCUGUUAAUGAAUAAAUAUCUGUUUUAUAUUCUAUAGCAUUUUAAAAGGUAUUUAAUGCUCACUUACAUUUAAAAUAAAACAGCUUAAUAAAAUGUGUUUAUAUGAAUUUAUAUGCAUAAUAUGAUUAUCUGAUUUCCAAUCAAAUUGAAAGGAUUUAUCAAAUUCUAUAAAAACAGAUGGAUGUUACUGACAUACAUGUAAUAUAAAAUAAACUCUUAUUCUGUGUUUGUGUUGUUAAUCUGGUUUCUCAAACAGCACAAAACUCAGUACUUGUCAUGCAUUUAUGAUUUUUAGAAUGUAUAAAGCUCAGUAAAAUCAUUAUUGACUGGAUAUGUAGGUUUGUAAUGAAUGUUCUUAUUGUUCUGGUUUCUUUAACAUGAUGCAAAUUACAAGAGUUAAUAUUAUGGAGCUGAUCAGUGAUGAAACUGAUUUAAUGCUCUUAAUUAUUUGUUAACAGCUGACUAGACUAUUGCUAGUGUUUUUUUUGUUUUUUCUAAAUAUGUUGUGUAAUCAUCUCAGUUUAUAAUAAUUUCUGUCCAUCUGGAUCAAGCACUUUUAUUAAAUUUCAUCAAAA